AUGCGAGUCCAAGGGUAUGAUAGAGCGAGCAAUAUGCGUGGGGCAUGGAAUGGAUUACAAGCGUUGUUUCUUAAAAAAUGUUCAUAUGCAUAUUAUGUACACUGUUUUGUUCACCAACUACAACUAGCAUCAGUUGUUGCAUCCAAAGAUGUGCAAGAUAUAUGGCUAUUCUUUUCAAAGUUGAAUUCUAUUGUCAAUCUUGUCAGUGCUUCUCCUAAGCGUCAUAGCGAGUUACAAUCAACUCAAGUGAUUUUAUCCGCUAAUAAGUUGGCUACUGGUGAACUUAAGAGUGAGAUGAUGAGAAUUACUGAUAUACUUUGUCAAGCAUUGCAACGAAAAACUCAAGACAUUGCAAAUGCUAUGAACCUUGUUUCAAGUUUGGAUCCUAAAGAUGCUUAUAAAUCAUUUAAAGUUAAUGCCAUUUGCAAUCUUGUAGGGAAAUUUUAUUCUAAGGAUUUUCAAGAUGAGAUGCGUGCUUUGAGAAUCCAAUUGGAGAAUUAUAAGAUUAAUAUACUCCAUCAUCCGAGUUUUCAAACUUUGUCUACCAUUUCUGAUUUAUACAAAAUGCUAGCUAAAACAAGAAAGAUUGAAACUUAUUAUUUGAUUGAUAAAUUGAUUCGUCUCAUAUUGACUCUUCCUGUUUCUACAGCAACGAUAGAACGAGCUUUUUCGGCAAUGAAGCGUGUCAAAACUAAACUUCGCAACAAGAUGGCUGAUGAAUUUCUUGCAGAUUGCAUGAUUUUCAACAUUGAAAGAGAACUUGUUGAAGAUAUUGAUAUAGAUUCGGUAGUUAAUGAAUUUGACUCUCUUAAAGAUCGGAGGGUUCUUUUCAAUUAUUUCGGUUCAUCUUCAGUAGGUAAGAGAAUGCUACAUAUGUUUUUGUAUCCAUCUAUGAUGUACUUGAUUUGA